AUGUCGAUGUCUUUUUGCGCUGAGGCCGCGGAGGGCGCGACCAGCAACGGCGCCCGUGUGCCGCCCAAGGAGCAGUGGAGGGGUCUGUACGCCGUUCCUGUCGAGGGAAUCCCCAAGAAGGAGGGCGAAAGUGCGGUUUACCGAUGCAUUGAAUCUUCGGAUAAUCCAGUCCCGGUCACGAUGUUGCCAGGCUCCUUGAAAGGCUACCCCGAUGUCCGAUCUCCGUUCGACGCUCUCUACUGUGCGGCGCUGGCGUUCCCAGACGAUCCGUUCCUGGGCGAGCGAGAGAAGCUGCUGCUGGUAGUGCCAGCGCCCGGGGCGGAUCGCGAAGCUGCAGCCGGCGCAGACGCGAGGACUCUCUCGUCCGCCUCCGGCAGCGGCGCCGCGGCGCCGAGUCCCCCAGGGAAUGCAGGAGACAAGCCAGGCACCCCGGGAACGGGAAAGGACUCCGCGAGCGGGUUCAGGAGCACGCGAAGCGGCGAGAGCUUGUCAGACAGCUGCGGCCGAAACGUCCCGGACGCGGUCAGUUUCGGCGACUACAAGUGGAUCACCUACAAGGAGACUCUGGAGAAGACGCAGGCGCUCGCCUGGGCUCUGAGCAACGAAGUGGAAGUCCCUGUUUCUGCGUUCGGGGAGGACGCAGACGUGCAGGAGAUCUUCCGCUUCGCCGGCAUCUGGGCGAGAAGCAGCGCGGCGUGGCGCAUCACUGACUUCGCCUGCAACGCGGCAAAACUCGUCAGCGUGCCGCUCUACGACACCCUUGGCCAUGAGGCUCUCCUGUACAUCCUCGGGCUCACAAAACUCCAGGUGCUGUUCGUGGAAGGAGCGAAGCUACAUCCCGCGCUGCGACUGGCAACGGAGGACAAGGUUCCUCUGCGGACGGUCAUCUGCUUCGAUCCGGUCACUCCCGAGGAAGUCGAGGAGUUCAGCGCCGCGCAGAUCAAGCUGUACUACCUGGAUGAGCUCAUCGAAAAGGGCUCAGGGAAACCCCACGAGAGGCCGGCAUUGGGCCUCGAGGACGUCUACACGGUAAUCUUCACUUCUGGCACGACGGGCGUCCCCAAGGGCGUCGUUCACACCAACGGGGGCUUUGUGGCGACGAUUGCUGGCUACGUGGAGAGCAAUAAUCGCAUGAAUCUCGCGCGCGGCGACACCACGAUCAGCUACCUCCCGCAGUCGCACGUGUACCAGCGCGGCGUCGAGGUCAUUUUGACGCACAUCGGCGUGAGAAUCGGCUACUACUCUGGCGAAAUCACUCGGCUCAUCGAGGACUUGCAGCGGCUGAAGCCGACCGUCUUCUUCGGCGUUCCGCGGGUGUACACGCGCAUACUCGACCGUAUCAUGAGCGGCGUAAAGGAAAAGAGCGGCCUGGUUCAGUGGCUGUUCCGCAAAGCGCUGUCGUGGAAAGAAAACAACUACAAGAAGGACGGCUCGAGAUUCUCAGCCACCGUCCCGGACGUUCUCUUUGGGAAGGUUCGGGCGACCUUCGGAGGCCAGCUGAAGACGCUGUGCAUGGGCAGUGCACCUAUGAAGGCGGAAGCCCUGGUGACCCUCCAGAUGCUGCUCGCGGCUCCGGUCUGCGAGGGCUGGGGCAUGACGGAGACAGGCAUCUGCUUUUUGCAGGAGGCCGCAGACAACGAGAAAGGCACCAUCGGGGGGCCAUUCCCGUCUCUCGAGUUCAAAAUUGUGUCGCGUCCUGACCUCGCGUAUUCUGCUGACGGAGAAGUCCCCCGAGGCGAGUUGCUGGUGCGCGGCCCGUCCAUCAUGAAGCGGUACUUCCAGGACACAGAGUCCACGGAGGCGGCCCUUGACGAAGAUGGAUGGAUGCGAACUGGAGAUGUGGUUGAGCUCCUCCCUUCGGGCGCUCCACGCAUCAUUGACCGCGCGAAAAACAUCUUCAAACUUGCGCAGGGAGAAUACAUUUCGCCUGAGAGGCUCGAGAACAUCUUCGCGUGCUCGCCGUUCGUGGAACAGAUCUACUUGCACGGCGACUCUGUCCAGAAUUCUCUGGUGGCUGUGGUCGUGCCGUCGAAGGAUGCUGUCCUGGAAUGGGCCAAGGAGCAGAAGAAGGACAAAAUGCCGUAUUCGGACUUGCUCAACGACCCCGAUUUGCGCCGCACAGUCGUGCUCUCUAUCAAGGAAGCUGGUCGAGGACGCGUUCACAGCUUCGAAGAGCCCAAGAGUGUUUUCCUCACGCCUUUCGCGUUCACCCCGGACAACGGUUUGGCAACUCCGACGAUGAAGGUCGUGCGAAAGGCUGUCGAAAAAGAGUACAGAAAGCAAAUCGACGAGCUGUACGCGAAACUCCAGGGAAAGACGCCCUGA